AGAAAAGAUACGAGCUUUGUAUUUUCACCUUAUGUUAUAUUUCAUCACAUAAAAACUGAAAUAAUUUAUACUGUGUAACUUACUUUGACUCAAAGUUAAAUGCAAAUUUCUGUCACCAUUAUCUGUUGAUAAAUCCAUUAUAUGUGCAUAUAAUAAAAAUGGUUUCAUUAUGUUAAUAAUUAUGAAACCUACGAAAUGUGCCAGAAAUUUCAUCUUAUAUUUUAAAAGCAUAUUUCAUAAUGAAAAGUUAAUUUCUUUCAAACUUUUAUAUUCAAGAUGCCAUGAAAUACAGAUGGAAGCAUUUAAAAAGGAAACUGUUCAUAUUAAAGAUCAUGAUCAUGUGGAAGAAAUUGUGUCACAGUUUGUUAAAGGUGGUGCAUCGAAAUUACAAGUUAUAGCUGAUUUUGAUUAUACGUUAUCACGUGCUCACAAGGAUGGUGUCAAAUGUGAUACCACGUAUGGCAUUCUAAAGAAAGCACCAUUUGUUCCAGAAGAUUAUAAAAUACAGACUACUUGUUUAUUUGAAUAUUAUCAUCCAAUUGAAAUUGAUCCUAAUCUCACUAAAGUGCAGAAAAUACCUUACAUGGUUGAAUGGUAUACAAAAAGCCUGAAUUUGAUGCCAAAAUCUGGAAUAAAGAAAGACCAAGUACCAGAAAUGGUUGAAUCUUCAAAUGUACAACUCAGGGAUGGCUGUGAUGUUGUAUUUAAAUCAUUGCAUCAACAUAAUGUGCCUUUGCUCAUAUUUUCUGCUGGAGUGGGUGAUCUAUUGAAGGAAGUGCUCAGACAAAAGAAUAUGUUAUAUCCAAAUAUGAAAAUUAUUGCUAAUUUUAUGCGGUUUGAUGAAAAGGAUAAGCUUGCUGGAUUUAAAGGUGCUUUCAUCCAUACUUUUAACAAAAACUUAACUUCUGUAGAAAACAGUGAUUAUUUCAACCAUUUAAAGUCUAGAGACAAUAUUAUCCUUCUUGGUGAUUCCUUGGGUGAUCUCGACAUGACAGAAGGAGUAAAUGACAUUAAUUCAAUUUUGAGGAUUGGUUUUCUUAAUCAUAGGAUUGAGGAGUAUCUGCCUGAAUACCUUGAUGCUUUUGAUAUAGUUUUGACAGAUGAUCAGACAAUGGAUGUUUUAAUUGGACUGUUAAAAAAUGUCCUGUAAAUAGUAGCUCUUUCAAAUUAAUAUAAUAUAUAUAUAUAUAUAUAGUGGAAAUGAAUGAUAUAUAUAAAUUUAUACUGAACAUUUACCUUGAACAGUAAAAAUAAUGCUGUUGAAGAGUUUUAUUUUUUAUUUAUUCAGUUGCAGAUGCCAUCAUAUGAGAAUUUAUUGUAUUCUGUUUCCAGCUGUGUUUGUGCUGAUAUAUUUUAUGUAAUUCAUUGCACAUGUUAAUAUUAAUUUACAUUAUCCAUAUGAUAGGAAAAUUAAGUGGGAUCAAAACUAUUUAGUAAAGCUAAUUUGGUUUUGAUUUACAUAAUAUUAACUGAAGAUUUGGAUUUUUCUGUUGGAUUAAGUAAUGCUGCUAUUUGUUUUAAGCACAAAUUUAAAAUAUAUUUUAUAUUGUUUUCUGUAUAAUUGAAAAGUUUAUACCAAAAACUUUUUAUGCUCUGAAUACUGAAGUUUCAAUAAUACAUUUUAUUAAGGGGGAGCAGAGAUUAGCCAUUUUAUACAUAUAAAUCUGUUGCAUAGAGACAUUUAUUUUAAUUACUGUUUAGAUGAGAAGAAUAUUUUUCUUAAAUUUAAAAUUAGUGUAAAUGUACUUGGAACCUUAAAAUAGUUAGCUUAUAACUUAGUUUAUUUAUCCUCUAUGCAUUAGAUUUUUUGUGUACUUAUUUUUUUAAAGUUUAUAUUUAUGGAAUUUCUGGAAAAUGUCUCUUUAUGAAAGAGUACUUACUUAUUUGAGGUAUUAUUCAUCUUGCUGGUGCUGUUUGUAACUUGAAAUUUUUAAACAUUUGGUACAAGUUUUUAUUUUUUACAUACAUUAUGUUCCAUAUUUAAGUCACAUGAAUUUUUCCCUUUUGAGGAUAGGAGGGGGAGGGGAACUCAUUUGGAGAUUUAAAAUUUAAAACUUCUCUUGCUCAAUGCUCAGCUAUGCAGUUUAAACAUAGUCAUAUUAGCAUUUAAUAUUGCUUUUGUUUUUAUAUUGCUUUUUUUUUUUUUUUUUUUUUUUUUGUUCAGAUUUCAUUUGACUUAGAUAUUAAAUGUUUAAAAUUCUUGCUAAUGGCAAUAUUUUAUUUAUUUUAUGCAAAAAAAAAAUUGAUUUCUGAAACAGGAUUUUAUCUCUGAAUGGGGUAUUUUUUUUUAAUAUGGCAAAAAACAUCCACAUAAAACUAAAAUUGCAAAUCACACUUGAAUUUCAGUGUGGAAAAGUAAAGAGUAAUGUAAAAUAAAUGAAUUAAUGAAAGUCUGACAGUUAAGUGUUAAUUAAUUUGGAAAUAAACAUAACAUGUUUGAAUAUUUGAUAGUGUGUUUACAUUCUAAAAAGUAGGUGAACAUAUCUACAUGAAAAAAAAAAAAAAAGAAGAAGAAGAAGAAGAAGCUGAAGAAAUUCUUUGAAAAUUCUUAUCUUUGGCUGUGAAUUUUCUUUCAUAUUAUUAUUGUUGUUUAUUAUUACUGUUAUUUAGUUGAUAUUUAGAGUUUCUUGCAUUUGGUGGCUUUAAAUCUUUGUAUGUGUCAUAUACUUUUCUAACCUUAGGACCAUCAAAAUUUUCCUGUAAAUUAUUUUUUCUGUUUUUUAAUGUAUAGUCUGUUUAUCAAUAAUAGUUUUGUAUUAUUAACAUUAUAAUUUUAUUGAAUAUUAAGAUAAUGUUAAGUUUCUCAUAGUUUAAUUUUUUUUACCAUGGUAAACUUCUACAAAAUGUGGUCAUUAACACAUUGUGCAUAUGUAAAAACCGCAUUCUGCAAAGUUAACCUUCCAUGGAAAAAAUAAAGUUUGGUAUAGUUCAGAAUAAAAAAGCAUGUAUAACUUAUGCAAACCUAAAUAUUAUUGCAGUUAAAGGUGAUAAUGAAACAAAUGAUAAUUUGAAAGGAUUUCUAUUACUGUUUUACAAGUAGGUAUGCUGCAAAAAAAAAAGAAAGAAAGGCAGUUCUACACCUCCCAUUCAAUUGGGCCGACUGAUGAAAUUCAAAUUGCAGUUAAAGUCCGUCCACACGAGUACGCUCGCAACGUAGUUGCUGCUUUUUUUCCCACCGCCGUAAAUUCUCCUUAUGCAGAAGUCGUAAAACUUAGUUCGCUCGUGUUCAGCUUUUUUACCCACAAUGUGAACAAACAACCAAUAUCUGUCUCAGUUGUUAUCACAUGUCAUAAUCAGAGAAAACUUCUUGCUUACCCAUUUCAAUAUGGAGUCAGAACCACACAGAGAUGAGUUUUUGCUUAAAGAGAUCGUAACUGUACACAGCAAUAAAAUCAUCAGCAUUGUUUACAGUAUCCUCAGAUUUCUCAAACCAUAUAUAUUGGUAUAUUUUUCAAAUUCUCAUUAAUGGAAGAAAACUCCAUAUUUAUGAAGCAGUGAUCCAACCAGUAUAUCCAUAUGCUUCACCUGUAUAUAAAAUCAUAAGUAAUGGGAACCUAAAUAAAUUGCAGUUUCUACAAAAUCAAAUUUUCUGUCUUACAAAAUUCUCCUUAAUUAUUAUAAAUGUUUUCUAUUUCGUGUGUAAAAAAAUCUCUAUAAAUGUUCCAAUAUUAAGUACUGCAAAAACUAACUUCAACAACUUCUAAAAUAAAGCAGUUGACUGUGAAAAAGUAUUCAAGAAAAUACAGUUACGAAAUUUUCAAGGACAGUUACAACUUAAGUCAUAUGGCUAUCAUUAAUUGAAUAUUAAUUAAAUUACCUUUGCAGUGACUUCUACUUCUUACGUUAUUUUUCGUAAAAACUGCUGUCGCAGAUUAGCUGAAUGGUCAGCUUACUGGAUUGCAAACGGAAAGUUUGGAAGUUCUAACCUCAUCUGUAACCAUUGUAAAUUAAGUUAGCUUUUCUCAUUUUGAAGCGUGUUUCUUAUAUUUAAUCAUGAAUCAUUAUAUUCUUAUUUUAUCUAUUAUUGUUAUUGUUUUCAUUUCUUGUUUUAUCUAUAAUUAUUAUUGUUUUUAAUUUAGUUUAAAAAUGUGCACUGCAAAGAGAAACCAUUAACCCCUUAUGUAAUGACAUGUUUGCAUCUCCAUCCUUAUGUAAUGAUAUGCUUUGUUAUCAUAGAUUAUCUCUAUAUUUUUACCUCAUUGCACAUUUUAUUCUGCACAUAAUUUUACAUAAACUGUCCAAAGUUUGAACCAUAUUCUAAAUUCAAAAAUGAAUAAAAAGAAAAAAAUCUGAAA